CCGCCGCGCCGUUGGUCCCGGGGCCGAGGAGCGGGGGGCGGCUCCCCCGCCGUGUGCGCGCUGGAAGUUUCCAGCAGGUCGAGAUGGGGCCCUGGGAGGCCUCUGGCGCCAGGCCAGGGCGUGGGGCCGGCGGUCGGGGGCGGACGGGAACGCGCGGAGGGGAGACGGCCGUGGACCUGCUAGAAAAAGAGGACGCAGAACUGGGGCAGGACUUGGCCGGAGGCGAGAAAGAAGAUAAAAUUCUGUUGCGGGUGUGGGCACCGGCAGCUCCUCCCUGUGGAAUCUGAUGGGCCAUGCCAUGGUGAUGACCCAGUACAUCCGCCUCACCCCGGAUAUGCAAAGUAAACAGGGUGCCCUGUGGAACCGGGUGCCGUGUUUCCUGAGAGACUGGGAGUUGCAAGUGCACUUCAAAAUCCAUGGACAAGGGAAGAAGAAUCUGCAUGGAGAUGGCUUGGCGAUCUGGUACACAAAGGAUCGGAUGCAGCCAGGGCCUGUAUUUGGAAACAUGGACAAAUUUGUGGGGCUGGGAGUAUUUGUAGACACCUACCCCAAUGAGGAGAAGCAGCAAGAGGCCCAGAAGAGGCGGUACUCUCCAGGAGUCCAGCGGGUGUUCCCCUACGUCUCAGCCAUGGUGAACAACGGCUCGCUGAGCUACGACCAUGAGCGUGAUGGGCGGCCCACAGAGCUGGGGGGCUGUACAGCCAUCGUCCGCAAUCUCCAUUAUGACACCUUCCUUGUGAUUCGCUACGUCAAGAGGCAUUUGACGAUAAUGAUGGACAUUGACGGCAAGCAUGAGUGGAGGGACUGCAUCGAGGUGCCUGGGGUCCGCCUGCCCCGGGGCUACUACUUCGGCACCUCCUCCCUCACCGGGGACCUCUCAGAUAACCACGACAUCAUCUCCCUGAAGCUGUUUGAGCUGACAGUGGAGAGAACCCCGGAAGAGGAGAGGCUGCAGCGAGAUGUGUUCCUGCCCUCGGUGGACAACCUGAAGCUACCUGAGAUGACAGCUCCCCUGGCGCCCCUGAGCGGCCUGGCCCUCUUCCUCAUCGUCUUUUUCUCACUGGUGUUUUCAGUGUUUGCCAUUGUCAUUGGCGUCAUACUCUACAACAAAUGGCAGGAGCAGAGCCGAAAGCGCUUCUACUGAGCCCUCCUGCUGCCACUGCCUCUGUGACGUCACACUAGGGGUGGCCUGCAUGCCACCCAGGGGGUCUCCCCCGUCUCCAGCAGCCGGCAGGGGCCCUGUGGUCACAGAGCUCUGGAUGCCGGGCCCCCGCGUCCCCACGGCCAUCCCUGGGUUCGCCUGCGUGGUGCAGGCGUCCCUUCUGCCCCCGGGCCUUGCUGCCUUGAUGUGCCUUUCCCCGCAGUCCUCUGAGUAGGUGAGGACAGACGGGGAGAACAUACGCCCUAGUGAUGCCCAAGUCACAGAGCAGAGUUUCCCAGCUCAGGCUACCUUGUUGACUCAGAGGGCCCUUGUGCUAUGUCUCGAAAUCUUCAAAGAAAGAAGACGGCUAACUCCUCAUGCCUUCCAUUGGAGGCUGAUUUUCACCCAAGUCUCCGACAGUGUGAGGCACCUUCCUUGGAAACCUGGAGGAAAACAACUUCCACUCCUCCCCUCCUGCUCCGCCCCCCUCCCGUUCUCUCCACGUGUGACCUGACCUGGGAGACACUCGGACGCCUCUCUGCUGGGGCCUGGGGAGGCAGAACCACUCAUGCUUCACCGACCCUUGGUUCCUUGGAGAGUCGUAGGGCUGGGGCUUGUUGCCCUGGCCCCCUGGCCUUGUUCUCCAGCACGGACUCGGGCCUCUUGUGUCCGUGGCCUUCCCAGACGGGCUUGGCUGAAGGCUGGAGCGCAAGUGAAGGGAAGUUCGGAGGGCUUCGGGGGCGCCACGGAACUAACAGUGAGACUGAUAGAGCUGCAGGCUUUGAUGCCGAACAUAAUGUCUGCCGCAUGAUCUGACCACAGGAAAGUGUCUCUGCACCUCCUGGAGCCAGCAUGUUUGGAGUUACUGUAAACUCUGCUGUGAGGGUUUAAAAUGUUAGGAAGCCUUCUUUUGGCCUGGGCUUGGAUACUCCCCAAAGAGGAAACUUGCCGCCUUUUCCUCACUGAAUCCGGAAAAGUUGCUGACCUUGUGUUGCAAGUCUGAGAGCAAAACACCCUCAUCAUCUGGACCUGCAAAAAUUUGUUCUUGAGCAGCACAGCCUGGGUGUUGUCCCAUAUGUGUCAGCCCUCUUUCUGCUACCUUAAUUGACCAGAGGUCACGUGCUGCUCACCCGGCUUCCCUGCCCCACAAUGCCAUUGAUCAGCGGGCCAGGGUCUCCCGAGGGAAAUUCUUCAGACAUGAGUUUCUGACUCAGUGUCCUGCCUCCCUUGUGUGGAUUUUGGGGAAGGCCCAGGCCUUUUUCCUGUGCUUUGCUCUGCCUUUUCCUGGGUCCAGGAAGCCCUCAGCUCAGCCCAGAAGGAAAGGAGAGUCAGCCAUGGCUGGGUGUAGGUUUCUGUUCUCUAGAGCCUUCUGUCCUUCCCCAGGUGUUUAAUUCAGCAUCUCAGGCUGCCGUGCAUUCCUGCAGGUGAGAGUCAAGUGGGGCCGAGACUGUCCACCUUCCCAUGGCAGCAAAGUUGUUCCAGGGGGCCAGGGGACAAACUGACCUAGAGCCUGGCCUUAGCACCAGGGGAGCUGAAAAAGCCAAUGGCUCUUUUUGUCUUCUUUUGAGCUCGAGGGGCGAUGGGGUGGCCUAGUGUGGUGGGAGGACUGAGAUGGCCAAGGCGGUGAGGAGGGGGAAGGGGUCUGGUUGCGGGCGUCUGGGGAUUCCAGCUCCCGCAGGCCUUUCAGAGGGCAGGGAAGACAGAGGUGCAGGCUCCACCCAGCCCAAGCUGCCCUGGAGCAGCAUGUGACCCGGGAAAACCACCCAGCCCGGCCCCACAUUGUCCGUCCUGCCCCAGCUUUCACUUUUGCUCUAGAAACAGCGUCUGCUGUUGUGAAUGGAGCCGCCUACGUUCUGGGCGCUGCUAGAGGAGGGAACGCGUGGUCUCAGUGUGGUUCUGUUUGUGGACACUGGGGGCAAGCGCAGCGGCCCCUCCUGACAGUGCCCCCCUACCAGCCGGCCUCCCACGCAUCCUCUGCCGUCAGCGCCUCUUGGCGUGGAGAGCGCAUGGCUGGCUGGCUGUGAGUCUCAUCUGAAAGGGUGUUUUUGGCUUUUCAGAGUUUUCAAACAUCCAAAUGACCAAGUGGCUCUCAGGUAUAAAAUUCGUUCAUUUCAGUGGAAAAUUA